AUGGUGAAAGGCUCAAGUGGGAAAGGCCUACUCGUGAACAAGGUCAAAGGGCACAUCACAACGUGUAUCCACCACUGGGGUAUGCCUCUCAUGGUAGCUAUGCUAGGCCCCGAUCAUGAUGUCAAGCCCUUAACUAAUGGAGAUUAUAAUCCCUAUCGAUUUAGUCCUACAUUGAAAGUGGGUUUAGUAGAUGAAACUGGAAAUCCAACUGGUGGUUUAUUUGGCAUAGCUGUAGGAACAAUGGGAAUGCUUAGCACUGAUGCAUAUGUUCUCACCAUGGAUAUGUUUGGUCCUGUAGCUGAUAAUGCUGGUGGUGGAAUUAUGGAGAUGAGUCAGCAACCUGAAAGUGUUUGGGAGAUCACAGAUGUUUUAGAUGCUGUACGUAACACUACCAAAGCUAUUACUAAAGGAUUUGCUAUUGGUUCUGCCGCACUUGCCACCUUCCUUCUUUCCAGUGCAAUCAUAUCCCUUUUAAACAGUGCCUUUGCCUGCUCUGCUGUUGGAAGAACUGCACAAGAGGUUAAUAAUGAAGUUCGUAGACAAUUUAUUGAGAGGCCUGGUAUAAUGGUGAGUAGCCCAACAUCUCAUGUCAGAGAAAGCCAGACUACAUUUGCCAUUGUGGCAUCUGCAUCAUUACAAGAAAUGAUAAAACCUGGUGCUUGGGCAACUAUAUCUCCAGUGGUAAUUGGUGUCUUAGGACUUUUCUUCAGGUUAUUGGGCCACUAUACUGGUCAGCAGCUUCUUGGAGCCAAAGUUGUGGCUUUGAUGCUUAUGUUUGCAACAGUUGUUGGUAUUCUUUUGGCUCUGUUUCUAAAUACUGCUGGCAGUGCUUGGGAUAAUUCAAAGAAAUAUAUAGAGACUGGUGCACUUGGGAGGCAAAGCUAA